AUGGCUCCUCAAGAUAGCUUCAUCGACGAUGAGGAGGAUACAUGUCCUCUAUGCAUAGAAGAGUUCGAUCUUUCAGAUAGGAAUUUUAGACCGUGCCCUUGCGGAUAUCAGAUUUGUCAGUUUUGUUAUAACAACCUGAAGAAUAAUCUGAAUGGUCUGUGUCCUGCAUGUCGACGGCCUUAUGACGAAAAGGAUAUCAAGUGGAAGGUUGUCACACAUGAAGAGGAAGCAGAAUUCCGCGCCAACAUCCAAAAGAACCAGAAGAAGCGAGCAUCGGAACAACGUCAAAAGGAGGUCCAAAAGCGCGAGGCCGAGAAGGAAAGUCGCAAGAAUCUCCAAGGCGUCCGUGUCGUACAGAAGAACCUUCCCGAAUUCUUUGGACAGUAUGGCAAUAUCCAGAAAAUUUCGAUUAGUAAUCGCAAAUCUGCCGACGGCCAGCCUCAGUCGCUAGGUAUCUAUGUGACUUUCGAGAAGAAGGAUGACGCUGCUCGUUGUAUACAAGCUGUGCACGGUUCACAUAAUGGCGAUCGCGUCCUCAAGGCCCAGUUGGGAACGACAAAGUACUGCUCGGCAUGGUUGAGGCACGAGCAAUGUGGAAAUCGACAAUGCAUGUUUCUACACGAGCUAGGCGACGAAGAGGACAGCUACUCUAGACAGGACCUUUCCUCUCUGAACAGUGUUCAUACCCAACGUCCACUAUCGAAUGCCGCCUCAUCGUCACGUUCUGCAUCACGGCAACAGGUUUCCCACUUACCCGCAGCUAUCUCACAGCCUAUGGCUCGCACUGCUAGUAAAGAAGGGUCAGAUGCUGGUGACGGACCGGCCCUGCCAGCUUCAGCAAACUGGGCGCGCACUACUCAACAACGUAGUAGAAGGGGUAGCCACGCCACGAGUGGUGCAGCUUCGAGUCCUGCCAUCUCGACCUCAUUGCCGGUUACCAGUGAAUCGACACAAGAGGCUGUUGAAACCGCGGUGAUAGCAGAACCGCCUCCUCCGGCUAGUCGAAAAGCAGAGAAGCAGCCGGUAGCUGAUGCUCCUGCUAAGUCUGAACCCGCCAGCACCAAAGUUGCGUCCGAUCCGGAAGAUGAGGUGCCUGAUUUUGGCGAACUUUUUAAAGUCAUUGCCAAUUGCCCUCCUGAAGCAUUUCUACCCCCUAAAAACAAGGAUGACUCUUAUCCCCCCUUAUUCGACGUAAAUGGUGGUGCGAAAAGACGAGCUAUGAGGGAAGAGGAAGAGAAUCGCUUGGGUGAUCAUGAAGAGCAAGUCGAUAACCUAGAGGCAUCAGAAGGCGAGCCUGAAAGCGGUAGCCUCGCACUUGGUGGGGAACCGGAAGAUAGAGAACAGAGUCGCGAUAACGGCCGUUACGACCAGAGACGAAAUCCGACGCAACCUCCGAUCCAACGGACUAACACGAGCGAGCUGUUUGGACCGAGCCUAUCUGGCUAUGCCAGAACCCCACAGCUAUCGGUUCUAUUGGCGGCCCAGCAACUCUUCGUUCGUCCCCAGGGUAGUUUUGCCGACCAGAUGCCGCCGGGUAUCUCGCCACAGUCCUCGCUCUUCCAGGGCCAGGGGCACAGUCGUCAACAGUCUCGGUUUAGCUUUGCGAACGAGAACAGUUCUAGCUCGAUCAAUGUGAAGUCAACUGCCGACCCGCGGUACAUGGCACAACAGUCGUCUAUGAUGCCGUCCACAUAUCGCUCGCAGCCAGGCAGCCAGCUCUAUUCUUCUAUACCGGGACCCCCGCCUGGACUCAAGUCAGCUGGUUCAACGCCUGUUAAUGGUGGCAUGUUUGGUCAGGGGCAUUCGUUUGGAGGAUCAGCGUUUGGCGCGGGAUCGAAGGAUAAUUCUAGUGAACUCCUCCAGUCUAUCAUCCGUGGGAGGGGCGCGGGCAGCACCCAGGCCCACGAAGCGGCAAAGCAAAGCACUCCUGCCAUCGGAACCGAAGCGAAGAAGAGCAUCAAGGAAUUGGCGGCAAAGAGUGGUUUAUCAAAGGACAUAGCUGCUCAAGCGUCGAAGUCUAAAGGAAAAGGUGUCCUUCAGGAAGAGGAUUUUCCAGCUUUGGACUCGGUCAAGGCGAGCUCGCCCCCCAAAGUAACCCCAGCCUUACCGUCCAAGCCACCAACUACUACCAAAGCGUCCCAAGCUAAGAAGCGAAACAGCAAGUGGGACAAUAAACCUCAACAAAUCCCUACUAGUAUUUCCCAAGCCAGCAAGGCCCAGGGAGCUUCCGCUUUAUCUACUCCUACGCCUACGACAGCAUCUGUAUCUUCCCCCAUAGCAAAGGUUGCACCAAAAACACUCCGUCUUGUCCAUACACCAAAGACAGAGGCGUCACCUAUUUUGCCCCCCGCAGCUGUUGCAUCUAUUCGAGCUGCUGGAAUAGCUAGUUCCGCUCACCGACCUGCGACACCUGCAAGCGAAGCCAUCUCUGACACCGCGUCCAUCGUUAGUGCGUCAGUGUCCGUGUCACGGACUAGCUCUCCGCCACCCUCGAAGAUUGGCUCCGCUUCUGUGCGCGCAACUACGAAGAGUCAGCAGCGCAAGCAACGCAAAGAAGCUUCGAAGGAGGCCGCCGCUCAGAUCGUCGAAUCAAAGCCCGUUGAGCAAGAGGUAGAGAUAGCUCCCAUCCUUGGCAGAAAGAAGAAACAGAAGAAAGAGAAAAAGACGACCGGUGUAAGCCGCCCAGGCACACCCAGUGGCUUAGAGCAGCAGCUGGAUACGUCAGCACCUCAGAAAACUGCUGCUACGGCUCCUGCAGAAGUAAGCGAGAAGAAUAGCAAAGCUAAGAACACUAACUCGAUAUCCGAGCCGCCCAGUGCUGCUGGAGUGCAGAAGAAUAAGCCGGCUAAGAGCCCUCCCAGGAGCCCUGUCACAAUCGACACUUCAAUAAGAUUGAAUGAGUCGACGAAGACUACGGUUCUUACUCCUGAUUACGUCGGCCACGUCCCGGAACCCAAAAUAGAGCUACCCAUGGACGAAGAUGUUGGUGACAUUCCUAACCUGCGUGAUGUCUUUCGAAGUAUCAUGGAAAGCGGCAGUUACCCCGAUGCCGAGGCGAUUAGUUUCUUCAAGCCCGCGCCUGGCUAUCGCUCGGAAUUUCCCGGGAACAUUCCUACAACUUUACCACCGACGCUGAAGACUAUCGUCACCAAGGAAGACGAAGACAAACUCAACGCAUUUCAGCCCGUCCAAAAGACGGUUAAUGACCACACCGUACUCCUGACUCCCAACGGAGACUGUCUUCUCAACUUGACCGAGGAAGAAGCAGAGCUGUUCCUCGAGCUACAAGACCGCAUAAGAGCAGACAGCGCUCUCCCUACCGCCUUUUCGGCACCUCGCCAUACUCCCGCCACAGGAUUCAGCCUGGUUAAGAACCGCGCCGUACCUAACGGGACUCCAUCAUACUUCCCCUCCGGACCAGACAACUACCCCAGCGACCCCGUCGGCAAGAUGCACCGCGAGGAAGCCAUCAGCUGCAUCAACCAGCACGUCCUACCGUCCCUAAAUCUCAACGGCUACAAGGCUGGCCCCGGCGGCGGCCCCAGCUCCACAACUGGCCGCAACGUUAAUCUCCAGCAACUGGCACCCUGGAUCUGCCCGUCGGUAGAGAACGCCGAGGAGCGUGGAAAAAUGUUUGGAGGCCGUGCAGGCGACGAGUUCGUCGGCAGUAGUGCCGGCGGUGUCGACUACGCCUGCCACGACCACGUCCCCGGUGUUAAUGCUAACGGCGGUCCGGCUAUCGGCAGUGCCCCGUUGAUGAGCGUCGAAGAUGCGGAGGCGGCGCUCGUCCUUGCCAAGAAACAGCACGAAGUCCUUGAUAAGAAAUUCAGACAGCUCCAGGCCAGGAACAGACGCCUCGUAGGCCUGCAUUGA